CCAUCCUUAUACAACACAAAAUAAUCUUAUGACCAAUAUCAAUAAUCUCUCUGGCAACUUUUCGCAAUUUACUAUUAAUGAUGUGAGUGCCAUUAUUCUUAUCGCUGGAUCAGAUGGAGGGAGCGAUAGGCAAUUUGGACUCAAAGGACGUUUCAACCAACAUUGUUUGAUAGAUGUCCAUUCCUGGAGCAGUACCCGGGAACUACUAUGCUGAAGGUUCCAUGAACAACUAUUAUUUUCAAGGAGGUGGAACUAUGGUCCAGCAACCUCUUCAAUAUCAUUUAUAUAAUACACCGCUACCUCACGUGUCCAACUUGUCACCACAUCAAAAAACAAUCCAUGGAUUCUUCAUUUCAGAUAGUCUUCGUGAAGAGCUGCAUCGUAAAAACGAAAUGAUUCUACAAACCGUCAACGCUCAGGAGUAUGGGCUACCAGAGGAACUGCAUGAAUACCAUUCUUUGUAUCCACUGGAUCUUACACAAGAAAAGUCGACUGAAGUCUUUGGAUAUCAGUCGAGUGUAUACAAGUGCAUGUGCAGCGUUGAUGGACGGACCUAUGCUCUCCGUCGGAUCGAGGGCUUUAGACUAACGAAUGAGCAGGCAAUGCAGACCAUCGAUGGCUGGCGUAGGAUAAAACACGCCAAUAUUGUUUCGAUCAAGGAAGCAUUUACCAGCAAAGCCUUUGGCGAUCAUUCACUUAUUUUUGUUUACGACUACCAUCCUUGCUCCAAAACAUUGUACGACGUUCAUUUCGGGCCCCAGGCCCAGUUGGCUUCCCAAGUUGUUGUUGGAGUGCCCAAGACCUCGGACCAUAUCAUUCACGAAAGAAUCCUUUGGUCCUAUCUGAUUCAGCUCACCUCUGCACUCAAAAAAAUUCACUCUGUUGGUCUAGCUGCACGUCUAAUCGAUCCUACAAAGAUUUUGGUAACGGGCAAGAACAGGAUUCGACUGAAUUGCUGUGGAGUCAUGGACAUGUUAACAUUUGAUUCAGCCCCCAACGUUGCUCAUUUGCAACAGGAUGAUAUCUUAAACUUGGGUCAACUCAUGAUGACAUUGGCUUGCAAAUCCCUCACAGCCACGCACAACAUUUCAAAAUCAGUCGAAUACAUUACUCAGCACUACUCACAAGAUCUGAAGAACAUGAUAUUAUAUUUGAUGAGCCAGCCUGUACCGAUGAAGACUGUAGAUCAGAUCAUCACCAUGCUCGGACCGCGUGUUUUGCAGGAAAUCAAUGAUGUACAGAAUGCCAAUGAUAUUCUGGAAAGUGAUUUAGGACGAGAACUUGAGAACGGACGACUGGUUAGACUUCUCAUGAAGUUUGGCUUCAUCAACGAGAGACCAGAGUUUGAUAUGGAUCCUGCAUGGUCAGAGACUGGAGAUCGAUAUAUUAUCAAACUUUUCAGAGACUAUGUGUUCCAUCAGGUUGAUGAGGCUGGCUUGCCCGUACUAGACGUCGCUCACGUCCUGACAUGUCUCAACAAGCUGGAUGCCGGUGUAGAUGAAAAGAUUGUGUUGAUGUCAAGGGAUGAACUAUCUUGCCUGAUUGUCAGCUAUCGCGAGAUCAAGGCAUGUAUCGAGUCAGCAUUCCGUGACCUCUCAAAGUCUAAAUGAGCUCAUACCUA